CCUUACACCAUCUUGCCGUACACCCCUUCUGACGCACACACCAACCAACAAUGUGCUCUGAAAAUGCCAAUUCCGGCAGUGGUGAAACCGGUCUCGCACAUACCACUGCCCUCAGUGCUGGAGAUGCGUUGCGAGCCUACGUGCCCCAGGGAUCCACACUAUGUGCUGAUGCAUUUGACCUCAUGAUCUCUGGCCUGCCACUAUCAAUUGUCCACCACAGUUUGCGUGUCUAUCUCUUCGCCAAUUGGUUGGCGCACAGAGAACAGAGCAGCUAUGUCGACAGCGAGAUUCUGUUUGUUGUCUCCAUUUGCCACGAUCUUGGUGUGUCACAUCACCACAAUGGCCCCCAACGUUUCGAAGUCGAGGGUGCUGAUGCUGCGGCAAACCUCCUACGGAAGCAUGGCAAGUCCGAACAGGAGGCCCACGAGGUCUGGACCGCUAUAGCUCUACAUACAUCUCCGGGUAUCGCAGAGCGUAUCACCCCGUUGGCCAGACUCGUCAGGCUUGGUGUGCUCAUGGAUUUUCGGCCUGCGACGCGACAGGAAAUGGCCGCAGUGGCAUACGGAGAAGAGAUUGAAGCAAAGUUGCCACGGCUAGAGAUUGAGAGAAUCCUGGGCGACGCUGUCGUCCAUCAGGCUGUCCAGAACCCUAAAAAGGCACCUGCUGCCUCAUGGCCCAACAACCUUUACAAGUCCUAUCUGGAAAAUCCUGAAUGGAAUGGAGUCAAUCGGGCAUUCUAGCCUUUCAAAGUCUACAAAAUUCUGUUGCGGCUUUUGCAGCCCUUCCUAUUCACAACUGCAGUCUUCUGCCAAUAGCUCCGAAGCAGAUGCUUGUGCAAAAAAGAAUGCUUGCCAGCCAAGUAUAGACACCGAAUUGUUCAGACGCCAUCUGCUGAUGAAUAGCUGGAACUGGGACGAAAUCCGGAUCGACCAGUAGUAGGGCCAAUGUGCCAGCAACGCUGACCACUGCUGAGAAGGCGAAGCCAGGUAAAGAUCGAUCGAUCAGAUACCAUAGAACAGGAUUGGCCAGAGCCAAAGUCAAUGCAACUUGCAAUGUUGAUUGCCAGGGAAGUCGUCGCUUGAUUGUAUAUUAGUCUUCCGGAGGCUUGAAUGGGAAGGAGCAACUUACGACCGCAAAAGCGAUGCCCACAAAGACUCCCACACUCCUCACAGCAGAGUACCACAUAGGACCAAGACCACUGUCUGAAGCCGUCGUGCCAUCCGGCGUGGCUUUUGGAGCAGCAUCUGAUUUUCUGCUCUGAGUGGCCUGAUCUCGUUUCAUAGCGGUGGAGACAGUCGUCUCCCAGAAUGCGUCCACGAGAGGCAAUGCGUUACCCAG